AUGCUCAUCAGAUUACCGUAUCGCUGGAUUUGUGUUUUAAUAUUCCUCAUUGCCACCUGUUCAUGCCAUAUUAGUUUGGGUUUCUGGUUCUUCUCUUGUCCCCAUGGCAACGGUCAAGGACGAGCGGGUGAUGUGUGUUCAGCUUUUUGUCGUUGCCACCCAAUGAACACGUGUGAGGCUGGAGUUCAAAGAUGCGCGCGACCUGGGGAGUAUGGAGAACGUUGCCAUGCUACAAAGCCGUGCGGAAGUGGUCUCACUUGUCAACCGGGCGUCCAAAAAUGCUUCCACCUGCCUCGUCGUCAUGGUGAGCCUUGUGUGGCUGGUUAUGAGUGUGGAGCUGGCCUGUCAUGUGAGCCAGGAGUUCAGGUCAGUUGGUUUUGAUUUUGGAAAAUUCUAGCGUUUUAACUGAGAAGCAAGAAGUUCAAGGGAUAAUCAGUAAUCGUUAGUACAAAACCAACGAUAACUUUUACACGUUAUAUCCCAAUCAUACCAUCUUGCUCGGACAAUACUUGCUUCUGCAGGAUAAGCCUUUAAUGAUAAUAUCGCGGGGAAAUGCACCUCUGUAUAAAGAACUACAUAUGAACCCUUUUUCUUCAUAAGUGCCCUUAUGAAGAAGGGAUUGUGGUACUCGCCUAAGUCACAACAGACGGGAAAGUGAAGAUGACGAUUACAAAGAACCUUACAAACUUAGAGAUAUUCAUACUGUUCUUAAUGAAUGUUCCUUGGCUCGAGAGACACUCGUUUGGGUGGAAGAGCGGCUGAUAUAAAUCCAGUCUAGAGUGUCUCUGUCAGCGGGUGAAUUUGAAUAGAAUCUAGUGAAAGACAACCUUUGUGUGGUCAGAUCGGUCUUUGAUGGUCACCCACGCAGCUGUCGACAUUUAUCUGGUCACGUUUCGCCCCUUUCGGUAGCCGUCCGGCUCAUUUUGUCGUUUGGGAAGGAGCGUUUGCGUGACGAGACAAAUAUUUAACGGCUGCCUCAAAGACCAAGUAUGAAUUUGAAGACCUUUUUUGUUUCCGGGUAUGCUUUAAGCUGAUGUUGAUGAUUAUUAUUUUACAUAGGUAGCAUUAAAACCAGGUGCGAAAAUAGCAUAAUUAAGGAUUUCUUUGAUGUGACUUUUUCAGCGCUGCUAUCACCACCCUCGACUUUAUAACGAGCCGUGCUCAGCUGGCUUUUCUUGUUCUUCAGGCCUCAGUUGCCAGCCGGGAUAUCAACGCUGUCUUCAUCAUCCGCGGCGGGAAAAUGAACGCUGCUCGGCGGGGUACUCAUGCGCAGAUGGGCUAGUAUGCAGGCUGUGUGACAAGCCUUUUGCCACCUGUCAGCUUGGGCGUGUACCCGCUCUAACAGAGCAGGUACUUAUUUACCAAAAGUUAUCAUAAUGAACCACUGAGACUGCACAAUUGCUUUUUUAUUUGCAACUCGAUCCGUUUUGAAACGUCGAAACCCCCAAUUUCGGACCAGAGAAAUGUUUCUGUUUUUGUUCGUGGAGAAGUUUACUGCAAUCCAAAGAAGUCUCUGUGAAGUCUAUGGAAAAAUUAAUGCUAACCUUUAAAUGCAGAGGUCCGGGGCAUACAACGGGUAACUAUAGCAAAAACUCACUACCUUAUUCUUUCCGGAUCUCUAAUGCGGAAAUGCUUAACUUGCUCUUGAACUAAACGUCACUUGGAAAUAUGGUAAUAUUGAAAAGAGCUUCCACUUGUGAGAAGCCCUAAUUGAAAUCCCUCUUCUUUUCGCCAAGCAAAAUUACCAACCUUGUUCCCAGGUUUCUCUCCUCUGACUCGUCCCUUACGAGUAUGAGUGUGACUUGAGCCCUGGAAAAAUUACUAGUUUCCCAUAAUUUGUUCUUCCCUGCUUUCUUGUACUUUUUUUCCUCGCGGUUUAGACAGCAUAUUUGCAAAGUGUUUCUUCAAGUGUAGAAAGGUGAUUUAUUUAUUGUAACUGUUCAGAUUCUGCCUGCGCGCAAUGCUGGUAUUCUCGUAGCCCCCCCAGGGCAUUACAGACAAUCGUGUGGAAGUCUCGGGGGAGUCCUUUAGCUAUUUAAGCCAAUGAUCUAUCCCGUGAUUUCAGUCUCUUUUGCCAGAUAACGCCCUUCGUAGCCGGGGUACAAUUUUUGACUCUCCCACCUUCCCUUAGGAGACGCGUAUCCCCCUAUCCGUUCUCUGUCUUACGAUUCUCUGCCUUUGCAAAAUCUCGUUUUCCACAACUUAGUUUCGCGAAGGUAGUAAGUGGUUGUUCUGACAUUGAAAAUGGCUUACAAUUUUCUUUUUAAAGGACUAUGGACGCCCCUUCAACAAAGUGGCAUUUCUUGUUACCCAUAAUUCUUUUUCAAACUCUGUGAGUUUUGCUGUAUGGGUCCGCAAUCAACUGUUCAGCAUCAGACAGCAGCACGAAGAUGGUGUGCGCGGUCUUAUGCUAGACAUAUAUCCAGGUAGGGAGUCUUCUUUCCGUUUAUUAAUUUUUUAAUUCCAUCGAUAUUUGUACAUUCUGAUUGAGCCGAACAUAGUCCAAAGACUACUGCUACAAAAGCUGAAACAAAGAGUAUUUUAACAGUUUCAAACAGUAUUUCGGCUGGCCAGACCAGCUUUCUUCAGGUUUACAGGUGUUACUGAGGUUUUUUCUAAAAGCAUUAAUUGUUACAUUACAUAGAUGGAGAAUGUCAUCAAACAAAUUGUAUUAGAGGGAGAGUGGAAAAUGACGUACACCAAAUUACAAAGGGUUUACAAGAUUACAUUAUCACGUCAGUUUAGGCCAUAGGUUUUAGGUCUUUUAGGCAUUAAUUGCUCCAGCUUUCUAGUCGUCUUUGGACUCGAUUCUUUAUUUUAAUCUGCAUUUUUUCCUUGAUCAGCUUCGGAAAGACAAUGAGAUUACAGCGAUGACAGUGCUUGUAGAUCUAAAAACCGAAUUGACCAAUGGUAGAACGGAAAACUGGGCACAGGAGAUCGCGUUCAGUAUAGUACUUUGUGUGCCCUUUCGAAGUGAAUAAAUUAUGCAAAUAUACACAAGGUCUUUGAAUGUCUUUUGUUACUUCUUCUUCUUUUGUUCCAGGGUGGGGAGAGGCAGAUGUUCGUCUCUGUCACGCGUCUUGUUUCUGGGGUGGUUCGACAAACUUAUUAGAUACCCUGAUUGAAAUCAGAAAAUUCUUGGAAUCAAACGAACGCGAAGUCAUCACAAUCGUCUUCGAAGACUACCUGAGAAAUCCUGUAAUUCUGAAACGGGUAUUCGAUCAAGCAGGCUUAUCUUCCCAUGUACUGCGCAAGGAGAACUGGGGUGACGGCUUCAGUGAUUGGCCAACGUUAACAGACAUGCGCAGAUUAGGUCGAUUGGUAGUGUUCAACAACAAUGGCCUCAACGGUUUUCCAUACACGGAGUUCAACAUGUGGUAUUACGUAAGAGAGAAUCGAUAUGGUAACGCUGGCCUCAACAAAAAGGUGCUCCACUAAUUCUUUUACCUUUCCAUUGUGUUAAAGAAAAUAAAUAGAGUCAAAGCCCGCUUAAAGGACACACGCUUAACACGGACACUUUAUACGGACAGUUUGCUCUGCCCCUGGGGUAAGAAAACCCUUAAUCUCGCUUAAUACGGACACCCUGAUAAUACGGAUACUUUCUAGGGCCCCUUCAAUGUCCGUAUCAAAGGAGUUUGAUUGUACUAAGUUGUUCAUUAGGUUCUUAUCUAUUGUAGAAUCUUUCGCGAAUAGUAGCUUGGAAAAAUAACUGCCAUUGUGGGCUCUCAAGAACGAGUAGCAAGGGAGGGGUUAGCCGAAGUGAGCGUCUAACAAAGCGAGCCUUUAAUAAAUAAUCUUAAAUCAUCUACAAACGUCUUGGGACAAAAUUGAUCUUGUUUCUCUUUUUUAAGGAGUGUAUUGACCGGCCGGAAUCUCGCUGGAACAAGGCCUGGAAUGAUCACUGGAGUCUGAUUCUUAUAAACUGGUUCAGUACAGCGGCUAAUUCCCUUCAGCCAUGCCUAAAUUCAUUUGCAGAGAUAAGGAACAAGUUGACUACUUGUUACGGCAAGUUUGGCUCUUGGGCCAAUUUUGUAGCUGUGGAUUUCUACACCGCAGGCUCAGGGGGAGGAGCAUUUCAAGCUGUCAAAUGGCUCAACAAAAAAUUCAGAGGUAAGUUAGGGAGACUAGUAAGAUCCCUGCAAUAA